AUGCACUCUUACACUCAUCUCCUCUUCUUCUUUAUCUCUCUUCAAUCACUGGUUAUUCCUUCUCUCUCAGCUCGCAGCCUACUCCAAAACGGCACCGUAUCAUCAUGCCCUUUGAAUUUCGACGCUCUUCGCAAGCUGGUACAGGGUUCAAGACGGCCCAGUCUCGAUACCACCACAGAGUGUCAGUACAUCCGCCAAUGUCUCAGACUCGUCCAGUCUGAGUACCUUCGACUCACCGGGUCAUUCCUCCCACCGUUGGACUCGGCCGAGUCGUGUUGGGACUCGUACGAAACGCUGGUCCAUGAGUUCGUCCCCAAUUUCGACAUCCGUCGCUCCUGCGGCUUCCAAACCAGUUGGAUCUCCCAAGGCUGUAUGAACAUCACCACUCGUGCCGAGUUCGAAGGCAACGUCACUCGAGCAUCCUUAAACGAUGUCGUUUCAGCUUGUAACCAGUCCCUUUUGAAUGGCUCUCCUUGUGCUACUUGCACUACCAGUCUCUCGAGGCUUCGAGCUUCGUACUUAACCGGUCCGUCCGUCGGAAACGUCUCCGAUUGUACGGCCUACCCGUUUAUUUACGCCGCAGCUUUCGCAAACCAGCUAGGUCCUACCGAUGAAGGUACUGCCAAGUGUCUGUUUUCCCUCGAUUUUACAUCGUCCAAUUCAAAAACAAACAGAAAACGAUUGUAA